UGGGACAUUUUCACUUCAUCAGAAUCUGAUCUCACCGUAAGCCUUUAUACAUAGUUGUACCCACUUUUUCUGUUUUAAUCUUAAAGUUUACUAUUUUUUCUAGUUGAUAAAAUGGAGUACUCAUUAUUUGUUACUAGUAGUAAUUAAUAAGGACAGAAAAAAAAAAAGGAAGAAGACAAGAGUGGUUCACAAUCAUAAUGUAAACAACGAAUAAUAAUAAUUAAUGUCCAGGUAAAAAGGUAGUGUUCAUGGUGAAUUAGUGGUGGCAAAAAAGUUGGUACUACUGGGAGAAAAAAAAAAAAAGGUUAGGUGAAGCUUUUUAGCCAUAGCCAAUAAUACUACUCAAUUUUGCAGAGACAGUGAAAUGCUGAAAUUGAUAAAGAGAGAAAAAAAGAAGAAGAAAGAAGCCAUGUUUUGAGGAAGGAGACAUGCAUCAUCUCAUCCUUUUAUGAUUUUUUUCUACAUCUUCACCAAAUCCAUAGAUUCUCUCUCCCUCUGAUUUUUUGGUAAAUUUGGUCGCUAUAUUUGACUACUUGUACUCUGCUUUGAGAAGAAAAAUAAAACCAUUUUUGGGUGAUAGGUGACUGAAUAAACAUCUCUUGUCUCUUGAUGGAUCUACUAUGGUCUGGAGAUUAGUUCGUUUAUUGAACUAAUGUUUUAGACAAUGCAAGAGUUCCAUAGUAGCAAAGAUUCAUUGCCUUGUCCUGCAACUUCUUGGGAUAACUCUGUCUUCACCAACUCAAAUGUCCAAGGAUCAUCAUCCUUGACCGAUAACAACACUUUAAGCUUGACAAUGGAGAUGAAACAAACUGGUUUUCAAAUGCAGCACUAUGAUUCCUCCUCUACUCAAUCCACUGGAGGAGAAUCAUAUAGUGAAGUUGCUAGCUUAAGUGAACCUACUAAUCGUUAUGGCCACAACAUUGUUGUCACUCAUCUCUCAGGUUACAAAGAAAACCCGGAAAAUCCUAUUGGAAGUCAUUCGAUAUCAAAGGUGUCUCAAGAUUCAGUGGUUCUUCCUAUUGAGGCGGCUUCUUGGCCUUUACACGGCAAUGUAACGCCACAUUUCAAUGGUUUCUUGUCUUUUCCUUAUGCAUCACAACACACGGUGCAGCAUCCUCAAAUCAGAGGGUUGGUUCCGUCUAGAAUGCCUUUGCCUCACAACAUUCCAGAGAACGAACCAAUUUUCGUCAAUGCAAAACAGUACCAAGCCAUUCUCCGCCGCAGAGAGCGCCGUGCAAAGCUUGAAGCUCAGAACAAGCUCAUCAAAGUCCGCAAACCAUAUCUUCACGAGUCGCGGCACCUCCAUGCACUAAAGAGAGUUAGAGGCUCUGGUGGACGUUUCCUCAACACAAAGAAGCAUCAAGAAUCAAAUUCCUCACUAUCUCCUCCAUUCUUGAUUCCACCUCAUGUCUUCAAGAACUCUCCAGGAAAGUUCCGGCAAAUGGACAUUUCAAGGGGUGGGGUUGUGUCUAGUGUCUCGACAACAUCUUGCUCGGACAUAACCGGGAACAACAACGACAUGUUCCAGCAAAACCCACAAUUCAGGUUCUCAGGUUAUCCAUCAAACCACCAUGUCUCAGUCCUCAUGUGAGAGAGCUCCGGCAAGUGGUGGAUGAGAUAAUGAAGGGAAGUCAUCCUUGGCUAAUUUAAAUCAUUGAUCCAUUAAGUUUCUAUCUUAUAAAUCUGCUUUCGUUCUACAAAAGAAGAAGAAAUCUUUCAACUAUUUUUUUUUUCCGUUGGCUGUUUAUUUUAUUUUAUGUGAUUGUUGCUGAAUAUUGUUUAAUACUUGAUUUAAGUUUAUUAGUUUCGAUUAAGUGCAUCUGCAUGGAUUUGUGAUUUAUGUAUAAUUAUUUGCUUUUAG